AAGUCAACAAGAAAGUUUGUUUAAAAUGCUCCUAUUCAAUGCAACUUAUACCAGAAUUGUCUGUUAAAGUUUAUUAGCUUUGUGGUAAGUACAUUAUCAAUUUCAAAUAAUCUCAGUCUGUAACUUCCACAAAUGUAUCGCAAAGCAGUAUAUAAAAGGCUCAACAUUUUUCAACAAUUCGUUCAAUAUGGUGGGCCGAAUCAUUUAUUUAGUCAUGUUUUUAAGCUUUUCAUUUGGGAAAAAAAAUUGCUCAGUGCCGUGGAAUUGCCAUCGUCAACAAUGCCGUGAUGAUGGUGAAGUAAUUUGUGCCAAAAGUGGAGAAGAAUACAAACUAUUUACCGGUAGUUGUGCCCUGUUGGCCCAUUACUGCGAAACGAAAGAAGUUUAUGUGCCUAUCCCUUAUGAACAAUGUCCUCCAGAAGCAUUUAAUGCGCCGUAUCUAUGCCCAAGGGAAGACGACUAUAUUUGCGCAACAGCCGAUGAUAAAAUAUAUCAAGUUUUUAAAAAUCACUGUGCAUACCUGAACUUUUUGAAAACAUCUAGAAAACUUUAUUGGAUCGUUAACUUAGAACACUGCAUCGGUUUGCCAGAUAUGCCGAGCUCAGUUUGUUCAUCGAUUCAUACUAUCCCUAAAAGGAUUUGUGCUUUCAAUGGAAUAAAAUAUCAACUUUUCCACAGUAUCUCGGCUUUAAAUCAAAAAAAAUGUAGAAAGGAUGGGAACUGGAGAAGAACAUCAAUAAUAUACUGUUAAGAUGAAAGUAAUAAAAAUCAAAAUAAUCUACGACUUCAGUAAAGAAAAUACAUUCCAUAUAUAUUUUUCUUCAAUCUAAAUUAUUGGCAUGUGUUUAGGACUAGUGAAAAUGAGUUACUUCUGGUAUAACAGUCUCAAUAUUAUUGAAGCUUGUAUAAGGGGGAUUUUCAGGCGGCGCAUCUUUUUGUGGCAAAUCUGAUUUUAGAUUUUCCAGGCCAUAUUUUUGUUGAUGAAAAUGUAAGGGAUGGAACUCAAGAAAGUGAAAAACACAAAAAUAUGAUUAUGAACUGAUCAAACUGAUACAUAUGAUGUUGGUAACAGCAAAGUUGAUAACCUAUUCCCGAAGUGCCUUCCUAGUCGAAGAAAAAAAUAAAUUGAACAAGCCCAUAUUUUUACAACUUAAAUCAUAUCGCAUUUAUGUAGAAUAGACACAAACAAACAGAACAACAUGUAGCGCCUGGGACUAGCUAGCUUCUCAUUAUAUUCUGCAUCACGAACAGUUCUUGCAGAGCAAAGAAUAUAGACCAACAGUUUUUAUUUUUCAAAGUAGCCUCACAUAAUUACGUACCUAUAAAAAUCCGAGAUAGAAUUUCUUUACUAUACGGAAAGGAAAAAGUUGAAACGGGCGUACUUCAAGGCAAUUUAAUUAUCUAGAAGUCUUUUCAUACCGGCCAUUGAA